AUGCCUUUUGAGCCUGGUGAUAAAGAUCCUGAAGCUGAAGCAUUCCUCUCCAGUUGCUAUGACUUUGAACGUGCAGAUACAAAUUCUACUGCCUGUGAUAAAGACAUGAAGGAGCGGAGUGAUGUGGCUUCAGAUCAUUCGGGCUCAAUCGAGCGGGAAAAUUUAUUCAAACAACAAACUUUUUCAAGUGGCCAGAAAAACUUGCCUCCUGCUGUGAAAGAGCUAGAAGAUGUCGACGAACUUCCUGAGCUUGAGCGAGAGGAUGAUGAGCUAAAAAUGAAUAAAACUGGUUUAGGUUUCCAAGCCUCGUCAAAGAAAGGCAAACGCAAAUCUAGAUGUUCUAAUAGGACUAAGAAAUGUCCCAGAAAAUGCGUGUCUAAUGGUUCGAAAAUUCGUUCUCAAUCUGUCACUUCAGAAGACAGUGUGACGAUUGAUGAACUCGCCAUCUGUGCUCAACCGAAGUCUACCCUCAAGCAGGGCUCUUCAGGUGCCAAAUCUAAAUCUACCCGAUCUAAAGGCUUCAGAGAAAAGAGCUUAGCUUCGCGCAGCCCGCAUAGGUCCAAAGUGGAUACGAGUGAUGAAAGUAGCCUAUCUUCACUUGAGGCAAUUGAGGAGCUCGUUGAGCACAACUUUACCUGUUGGAGACAAGAUGAUCAAAAUAGGUGCCAAGGGGCGGAGGCGAAAUUACGCGAAGUGGAGGAAGUGUAUGUAGCUUUCUUCGAAUUCGACUGCUUUGAAUUUAUUUGCUAUUUUUUGAAGAUUAACGUCCACUUUGGGUUUAUUGGCGUCGCAACUCUUAAUAGUACUCAAUGA